AUCAUUUUCAACCUGUCGAGACUGAAAUUUCACCAACAUGGAUCCAGUUUCCAUCAUCGCGAGCAUUGCGGGCAUCGCAACCGCGGGUACUGCGCUGUCGAAGGCCAUCUACCAGUUCAUUUCAUCAACCCGGGGAGCAUCAAGGGAAAUGGGACAAAUUGCACACACCAUUGUUGACUUGUCGAUAAUACUCAGAGAACUUCGUCGAGUGCUGAGGGAUGGCGCCGAGCUAUGCAACUGCAAAUUCUUACGGCGUAUUAAGUCUGUAGCACGACGUAUUUUGUAGAUUUACGGCGAAAUUCAUCAACUGAUAGACGGGAUCCGAGGACUCAUAAAUUUCAAGUGGAUGUUGAAGCGAUCUAAAGUCUAUUAUAAGCUUAUUCAGAUUGAGAGUCAUAAAACUGGGGUUAACAUUAUGCUAAAUAUUCUAGUCCUUGCAAUCACGACAAGAAAGGAAAUAAAACAAGAUAAGAAAACCGACAUUCACCUGCUUGUCCAGCAAUCUGAGAAUUUGGCUUUCACAGCUCAUCAAUCACUUGUUGAUCUUUCAGAGACCCAAGAUCAAUACCUCAAUAUCGAUGCAGAGAAACCAAACCAUCUUAGUUCCGACCAAAAGAACGAAGCUAUUUCUCAGCUCCAGCUUCAGGUGUCCAGGCAGAGGUCUAAUGACACGGCUGAUUGGCUCUUUGACCUUGUCUUCUUGCCUUACGCUCAGUCAUGUGUGGAUCCCAGUGACCAGAACUCGACCAACUUACCCUCGAACUCCACAAUGUCGGACAUUGACGAGGAUCCCCAGGAACAGUCUUCCACGAACGAAUGCAGCACAGGCAAAAGUGCAGUGAUACGAGACCCAUCAGCGAUGCAAAUAGCUCUAUACAACCCCGGGGCGGCCUCUUCGCUCGUCAAAGAGCUGCUUGCUGACUGGACGGUUCUUACAGAAAAAGAAAUCGAGAGUGUUACGAGCGAUAGUCAAAGUUCGGAGCAGGAAGAAGCCAAGACUUCGAAUGAAUCGGAAAAGACCAAAGAAUUCAUCUAUUUUGAAGACGCUGUUGGUCGCAGGUAUACAUUUCCAUUUUACCGCGUUAAAAGCUAUCAGGUAAGCUGA